AUGUCUUAUGAGACACUGGAUGCACCCAAUGGGUCAGCAUUGACGUGGAUCUUUGAUCAUUGCUUGCGUUACGCCGACAACUACGAAAUUUCCCUUCGUGCUGCAUACGAACUCAAUUCCCACACAUCGAAAGGCACAAUGGGGUCUUCAUUUAUUCCUCUAUCCCCCUCCAUCUUCCGCACUUCUGUGUGGUCUAAAAAAUCUCGCGACUCCAAGUCUUCUGAUGAUACUCCUUUUUACGACACCAAUGCUGAAUUCCGUGCCUAUUUGACCAAGGCUGUCUCUGAAUUGCCUGCUCAACCAUGCUUGCUCCCUCCGAGCUUCAUUCUUUCCUUUGUGCGCCGCUGUUUUUGUCUGGAUCUAUCCGAGGUCGACUUUGCCCAGGCUUUAACUGCUCUUGAUUACAUCAGAACCCUCCAAACUCGCUGGAAAAAGGAGAUUGAGGCCUCCUUUAACCGACUCAACGUUACUUCUAAGGAUGCGAGUGACCCCGAGCACUCGGAAGUGGCGCGCAAGUAUCCCAAUGUCCUGACCUGGUACGAAUCAAUUACCGAGAAGGCACUCUUGAUCGAGCGUCUGUACACUCAUGUCCAUCUCGGCCUGCGUCGCUGGAUGCUUGUCAAUCAGAUAAUGCUUGAGCCAUUCGACAAGGCCAACUGCCUUGCUCUUCUCAACACCCUACUGCCUCCUGUUCACCGAGACAGCCCUACCCCAACACAGCAGUUGUCGACAGCGACCCUUGGGCAGCAUCGUGAUAAGUUCUUCAAACUUAUUACCAGCUACAAUGGUGAUCCUUCAAUGCUGGAAUCUGUCAUUAAGCAAGGCGCUCGCUACAACGAGGAGAAUGGGUGGCCUGCAUUGCAUGAAGCCUUAGACCGAUACUUGAACGCAGUCCUUGAAAUGAUCGACGAGUGUACUUUGAUCAACGAUCCUUCUCAGAUUGGCAAAUCCGGCGUUCAGCGCCGCACCGACUCGGGCAUCAGCUUCGGCCCCGAUUUCGGCCCCUCUCCUGCUUUCUCUCAAUCUUCGGACACCGAAAAGCCUCUUCCCCAUUUCCCAGAACCGAACACAGGCACUAGCAAGCAUGGAUCGUUCCUGGACCGAUUUGCCUCCUUGUCAGGAUGGGGCAAGAAGAAAGAUCCCAAGAAGGAGCAGGAGAGGGAGUUUGCGCGCAGUCUGAAGAAGAUGCAGUCCAUCAAAUCGUUCGGCAGCCGGGCUAGCAGCACCAAGACACCCAAGUUCAGCUCAAAUAUGAACUUCGAAUUAACUGACGAUAAGCGCCGCCGUUUGAUUGAGGAAGCCGAAGCUCGCAAGGCAAUCGACGCAGCUGAGGCGGGCCAUAACAUCGGUCAGGCCGUUUAA